AUGCGGGGUCUCAAAGUAGCCUUUUGUUUCUUAUUCUGCGCCACUUUGGUGCAGUCAAACAAUUUACGUAAAGAUCGCGAAUACUGGAAGACCCUAGGAGAAAACGAGCUGAAGGAAGCUCUAGGACUCCAAUGGAACCUCGACGUUGCCAAGAACGUGAUCUUGUUCGUCGGAGACGGUAUGGGCCCCAACACCAUUACUGCAGCCAGGAUCCAGAAAGGCGGUGAGGGCCACAAACUCUCCUACGAGACGUUCCCGCAUAUUGGUCUGAUGAAGACUUACUCAGCUGAUCUGAUGGUGGCAGACGCGGCUUCCACUGGUACUGCUAUGGUAUCUGGUAUCAAAGUAAACAGCAGAACUAUCGGAGUAGAUGCCAACGUUGCUCACAACGAUUGUCAGGCCUCAUUGAACCCCAACAACAGAGUCGAGUCCAUGGCUGCUCUUGCUUUAAGGGCUGGCAGAAGCGCAGGCUUCGUCACAAACAUGAGAGUUACGCACUCAACGCUAUCCCCACUGUACGCACACACACCCAAUGCUAACUGGGAAUGCGAUGCUAGUGUGCCACCAGCAAGCUCCGGAUGCAAGGAUAUCGCCAGGCAGAUGAUUGAAGAUUGGCCAGGCAGGGACUUGAAUGUUAUUCUCGGAGGUGGCCGUCAAGGUAUUAUUACUGGUGCCCAAGAACAAGAAGGAGACCCUCUCAGUCGUUGGGGUUGUUUAAGAGCUGAUGGAAGAGACCUCUUCCAAGAGUACAGAAAUGACAAAACAAGGAGGGGACUUAAGCACAGUGUUGUCCAGAACAGAGACGAAUUACUCCAAGCUGCUGAAGAUACAGACUAUCUUUUUGGCGUAUUCAGAAACGAGAACUUGCCAUACGAAUUCCAAAGGCCAGCGAACACACCAUCCAUCGUUGACAUGACUGAAUCUGCCAUCAAGGUCUUGCAAAGGAACCCCAACGGAUACUUCCUUCUGGUUGAAGGUGGUAACAUCGACAUGGGUCAUCACCGUGGUAGAGCUCGCACAGCUAUUGACGAGGCCAUUGCUUUCGACGAGGCUGUUAAGAUGGCCGUCAACAUGACAAAUGAGAAAGAAACCCUCAUUGUUGUAUCAGCUAACUUGGUACACACGCUCAGCAUUAACGGACACCCUGCACGUGGAUCUGAUCUUUUCGGUUUUACUGGACCAUCAAGAAACGACGGUCUGAACUACACAAUCGUCUCCUACGCCACUGGUGGUCCAGGAUCUAAACAUUUCCGAGUUAAACAAGAGGUCGACGGAAAGCAAUCAGUCACUCGCGUAGACCCAAGCACAGAAGACACUAAAAGUUUCUUCUACGAACAGAUAGCUGGUAUCACUCUGGAGGAGAAUUACCACGGAGGUGGCGACGUAACAGUUUAUGCUAAAGGUCCCUACUCCCACUUAUUCCACAAUGUGCACGAACAACACUUCCUCUUCUAUGCGAUGGCUUAUGCUGCUCAGCUGGGAGAAUACGCUAACUUAUAUUAG